CCCCCGCUUUACUCUGUGUUGCUCUCAGUUUCUGCUCAUUUGGACUUUGGAGAGGAGACGUCAGGAAGUUCAGCACUGGAUGGAAUAUCCUGUUGCAAUUAGAACACUCUGACUCCUUCGCCUAACUUCUAUGCUCUCUAGAAGAUUAAGUAUAAUUCUCAGCUCUAGUUUAUAAUGGUGCGUGGAGAUUGAUCUGGAACUUUAGACCUUCAAUAAAGCGAUUCUCUUUGCAUAAUUUUAUGCUACCGCCCCUGCCCCAGCAUUCUUUUUAAAGAGGUGCAGUGAUGUCAAGCAAAACAACUUUGCCAGUGGAUUUCAAUCAUAGUAUCAAACCGGUACUGUGAUUUUUCAUUUUCUGUCCUGAGAAGGAACUGAGAGGAGGAGGAGGAAUGGCAAUUUCUCAGUGCUCAGUGACCUAUGAAGAUGUAACAGUGAUAUUCACUCAAGAGGAGUGGAUUCUAUUAAAUCCUUCAGAGAAGAAACUCUACAGAGAUGUGUUGUGGGAAAACUAUUGGAAUUUUCUCUCAGUAGGAAAAUUACUAGAGGAACAUUCCACCAAUAAGCAGCAGCAAAACCACCAAAGAAGUAAACAAAGUAAUAUCCUCAAUUAUCUUCGGCUACAUGAAAGAACUCACAAUGGAGAGAAACCCUAUGAAUGUAAACAAUGUUGUAAAGCAUUCAGUUCGGCCAGUAGUCUUCAGAGACAUGAAAGAACUCACAGUGGAGAGAAACCCUAUAUAUGUAAACAAUGUACUAAAGCAUUCAGUCGGGCCAGUCAUCUUAGGAUACAUGAAAUAACUCACAGUGAAGAGAAACCCUAUGAAUGUAAACAAUGUAGUAAAGCAUUCAGUUUGGCUGCUCAUCUUAGGAUACAUGAAAGAACUCAUACUGGAGAGAAACCCUAUGAAUGUAAACAAUGUAAUAAAGCUUUCAGCCAGGGCAGUCAUCUUAGGGUACAUGAAAGAACUCACAGUGGAGAGAAACCCUAUCAAUGUAAACAAUGUAGUAAAGCAUUCAGUCGGGCCAGUCAUCUUCAGAGACAUGAAAGAACUCACAGUGGAGAGAAACCCUAUGAAUGUAAAGAAUGUAGUAAAGCAUUCAGUAGGACCAGUCAUCUUAGGGUACAUGAAAGAACUCACAGUGGAGAGAAACCCUAUAAAUGUAAACAAUGUACUAAAGCAUUCAGCCAGGUUGGUAAUCUUAGGGUACAUGAAAGAACUCACAGUGGAGUGAAACCCUAUGAAUGUAAACAAUGUACUAAAGCAUUCAGCCAGGCCAGUAAUCUUAGUGUACAUGAAAGAACUCACAGUGGAGAGAAACCCUAUGAAUGUAAACAAUGUACUGAAACAUUCAGCCAGGCAGGUAAUCUUAGGGUACAUGAAAGAACUCACAGUGGAAAUCCUAUGAAUGUAAACAGUAGAAAAGAUAGAGUAAAAUCAAUGGAGCCAGUAUCACCUCACCAUGAUUCACUUUGGUCUGUGUUACACAAGCUCCUGCACUAAAUAUGGUCCCCAGAUCAAAUUGAUGGGGUUUAGUUAUCUAUAUAUGGUUAUAUAUCAGCAGAAUUCAGAAUUAAAAUCACAGGGCAACAAGUCUUUAGAAACAAAGGGACUGUUUCUAAUUCAUUAUAAGAACUGUAAUGGUUAUCUUUGAGAAACUAGGGAUAUAAAACUUUGAUAUUGGGUGUGGUGUGAAACCAUAUUCUGUAACUUUAGUAUCUGUCAUUCCAAUAUUAAUCACAAAUAAAAAUUGCAUAAAAUCA